UUUUCUUAUUCUAGUGAAAGAUACGAGAAUGCACCAUCACGUGACGUGCUAGGGGCACGUCGUUCAAUUGCGCAUGCGCGUUCAUCAUAUUUCACCGCGUGGUCGUGUCGAAGGUAUGAAAAAUUAUCAUCUCCUGAUAAUAUAUUCGAUAAAGUUGAUAUUUAUUUGUAUUUAUACUCAUUAUAUAAACGUAUUGCCACACAAAUGUAACUGCUGUAAAGGGUAUAGUUACGAGAGUAAAAAAACGUAACGUUACUUUGUCAAUUUAAUGUUAACUUAAUUGCUGCAGUAAGCCACGUGUGACUUCGCCAACAUUAUAUUCAAAAUACAAAAUUUAACAACUUUGGGAAGUUUUGUAAGACGUAUAUGUGUUGCUAAAACAUAUGUAUUAAACAUUUAUAGUAUUAUUUCUAAUAUAAAUCAGUUAUAUCGUAACUAGGUUAUGCACAAUGUGUAUGUUUAACAUCCAUAACCAUCCUUGUUCAUUAUUAAUCCUCACGUUUCAGUCCUCUUGCUUGUAAUAUGCGUACUUGUACAGUGGUUCUUCUAAUCAAUCACACCUGAUUCAGCUAAUGAAGGUCUUCGAAUUCACUUGAAAACGUCAGACACGUGGAUUGUAGUAGAGUUUGAGCUAAACUCUGCAGGAAGUUGGAUCUCCAGGAUCAAGAUUGACUAUUCUUGCGUUAUCUUUUACAAAGCUACAAAUUUAAUAACACUGACAACGGAUUAACAAUGUAUUUUACCUCACAGUGAAACAAGGGAAUAAUGAAUCCAGCCUUCGCUCAGCCAAUGAUGAGACCCAAUCUCCCACUGAGGAGACCUGCCACUGGACCCAGUUCACUUUCUCCCAGAGGCCCAGCACCAGCCAUUUAUGAAGAACGCCUGCUAGCAAGUGACGUUCUGGAUGGUCCCAAGAUUGACACCAUGAGAAAGGAUAUCAGUCAGAAUUGUGGAGAUGUCUUGUCUUCUCCACAGACAGCGGUGUCUAUGAUGGGCCAAGUAGUAAAGUUGUGCAAUUACUGCAGCCACCAGGGCAACUUAAGGUGCACUCGGUGUAAAAAAACUUGCUACUGUUCUGUAGCUUGUCAGACUCAGGAUUGGAUCGCACAUCGACAUGUUUGCAAACCCAGCAUUCCAGAAGUCACAAGUGAAAAACCUAAGGAGUCAAAAGCUGUGCCAUAUGCAAAUGGACUUGGUGGCACUCAAGCUAAGGAGAUCUCUGUUGAUGCACAGCCUAAGAGAAUAUAUCGUCGCGACUUGCACAAAAAAGUGGUUUCCAAAGGUUCUGAGAUAAAGGUACUUUUCUUUAGAUGUUCUUCUUUGGUUUGUUAUCCAAGCAUAGACACUCUGCCUCAUACAAAAUGCUUACAGGGCACAGUAAUUGACCUGAGAAACCCUGGGAUGUUCUCCAUCCACUGUCAGUGCGAGGAGAUGAUAGAAUCCCUGAAGAAGAUUACCCAACAGCUUCAGAAGACCUAUUGCUCUUCAUUCGCACAAGAGUAUAAGCCUGAAGUUGGUGAGCUCUGUGCUGUCAAAUUUUCUCUUGAUCAGAACUGGUAUCGAGCUGAGAUUCAGGCAGUUGAUGUGGCCCGCAAGACUGCUGGUGUGUUUUACAUUGACUUUGGGAAUGAAGAGAAUGUUGCACUUGACCACAUACGACCCCUUUCUGAAAACAUUGAUGCUGUGCCACCAUUUGCUUUGCAGUGUUGUAUUGCUGGUGUAAAACCUCUGACAGGAAGUUGGACUGGUGAAUGCUGUAUUGCUGUUAGGCAGUUAAUUGCUGGAAAGAGCCUCACUUUCACAGUCUUGGACAUCAUGAACGAUGGCGAUCUGCUUGCUGUGGAUUCUCUUGUUAGCACUCUUGGUAAACAUGUGAGCACUUUCCUGAUAGACCAGUCCUAUGCCAUAAAAGAGGAUGUUCCUGUCAAAACACAGACUGAACACAGCAUCAACUCAUUGCUGACAGCAUCCUUUGAGAACUUCAAGCGCUUUUCUGGAGGAAAGAAUGAGAACUCUGAAGCCCGGCCUCCAGAGCCAUUGACUCAAGGAGUGGGAGACUCAUUCACUGCUGUCGUCACUCACCUACAGUCGCCCUCAGAGAUUCUCUGCCAGAAGCUGGAAAAUGCCAGUAUAAUCCAGCAGUUGCAAAUGAACUUGAGAGUUCAUUGUUCAAACACUGCUGCCAGUGAUGACUUCAGACCUGCACCAGGAACUGUCUGCUGCUCUCUCUUCUCCGAGGACAACCAGUGGUACAGAGCUAAAGUUCUGGCAUAUUCCUCUGAGGAUCGUGUGUGUGUUGGAUACAUAGACUUUGGAAACUCUGAGGAGGUUGAGCUAAAUCGCUUAAGGCCGAUCAGCAAGGAGCUGUUGGCUUUGGCAACACAAGCAAUCCCCUGUUCUCUAGCAGGUAUAAAGUCUCUAACAGACACCUGGUCUGAUGAGGCAGUUCUGAUGUUAAAACAUCUGGUGUGCAACCGCUUCAUUCGGGUUGAGAUUCUGGGUAAAAAGGACGGUAGGGCUCUGGUGUCCAUGAUCGAUGAGUCCAGUGAUCCUCAGGCCAGUGUCACAGAGCUGUUGGUUAACAUGGGUUUUGCUGCUAUAGAAAGUGUGGAAACCAAGAAGAAUGAACCAGAUCCAGCUACCUCCACUGAAAUUCCCCCCCUAAGUCAACCUGUUGUUGAGAAAUUGGAGUGGACUGGUGCUGAACUUCCCUUUGAUGGCCAGAAGGUGGAGCUGGUGAUUAGUACACUGAAGAGCCUUGAUGAAUUCUACUGUUACAACUACAGUAAAACAGACGAACACACCCUGACAGAGAUGUCCUUUGAGCUUAUGAAACACUGUGAAUCAGAGAGAGCUCCCUUUACCCCUAUUGUAGGAGAACCAUGUUGUGCUCUCUUCACAGGAGACGCCCGCUGGUACAGAGCCAUGGUGUUAGAGGUGUGUGGAGAGGGUAAAGCUAGAGUUUGUUUUGUGGAUUAUGGGAACUCCUGUGAGGUGGAUGCAGCACACCUCAAGGCCAUCACACAGAGCCUGCUAAAACUGCCCUUCCAGGCAAUACGCUGCUGGCUUGCAGGAGUGGAACCAGUGGAGGGCCAGUGGAAAAAAGAAGCUAUGCUUAGGUUUCAGGCUCUUUGUGCCGGCCAGCCUUUGAGUGGCAAAGUGCUUUCCAUCACUGAGAAGGGUUAUGGGAUGGAGCUGGAAAGUGCUGGACAAACUGUUGCUUCUGUGCUCAUCUCUGAGCACCUGGCUAAACCUUACGGACAGGUCAGACAGCCUCCGCAAAUACAGCCAGCUAAACCCGCCAGUCAGAUUGAAGAUCUGCCCUCUCUUAAACCCAUUGAUCAGAAUCCAUCUGUUGAAGAGCCUUUGAAAGUUAGCAGCAAGGGAGCUGCCACUACCCCAGAAGAUUUACCAGUGUCAAGUGGCUGUUUUCCUUUAAACUGGAAGACAUUGGAGCUGUCUUGCAGUGGCACUUUCCAACCAAGAGUGGCAGCAGUAAUCAGCCCUAGUCUCUUUUACAUUAUGAAUCCUGGACAAGUGAAUGUAGAGGGUCUGAAGGCUGUUAUGACUGAUGUUGCAAAGUACUGCAGCAAACAGCCAGUUCCCAAUCAGUGCCAUCCUUUACCAGGAGCCUCCUGUUGUGCGCAGUUUUCAGGUGACAAAAAUUGGUACAGAGCUGUUGUGUUGGAGGUAACCACAAAGCAUGCACAUGUCAUUUACUCUGAUUAUGGGAACAUGGAGACUGUUCCUCUCUCCAGUAUCCUUCCCAUCACCAAAGAACUUCUCCAGCAUCCAUUCCAGAUAGUUAGAUGUGCCCUGACAGGUAAAGAGCACUUCCCUGUAGUGUGGCCUACUGAAGUGCUGGAACUCUUUGGCAUUCAGUUGAGUGGGGGUGUCCUGGCAUCCUUUCAGGGCUUUGAUGGAACCUCCAACCUGUUAACCCUUACCCAGCAGUCAGGUCAAUCUGACAGAGACAUUAAUUCCAUUAUCCUUGGAGCUCUGCAGAAAGGACAGAUCAAGCCUAGCUCAAAGCUGCCUGCCAAUGUCAAUGAAGAGAAAAAGGAUGUUGAACAGAAGCAGACGCAGCCUAUCAGCUCAAAUAAGGCCGUAGAGCAAACUCUAUCUACAAAUGUUGAGAAACCUGCCCUGGAUGAUCAAACCCUGCCUUUAAGUGUCAGCUUGAAGCACGAGGAACCAGAAAACAUGUCCAAGACGAAGACUGCAGAGGAAUGUACUUCAACACCCGACACUGUGAGCAGUAUUGAGAGCAGCCAUGCUGCACAAUCUUGCUGUUGUCAGGAGCUGAAGCAAAAGAUGGACCGUAUCGAGGAGUUGGUUCUCCUGCUUGUGAAGCAAGUUGGAUCCAGAUAGUAACCCAAGAUCUUCAAUACCCAAAGAUUUAAAGGGAUAGUCACCCAUAAAUGAAAAUGAUCAUUUACUCACUCUUUGCUUUUUUAAGCUAUUAUGAGUCCCCUCUGUUAAACACCAAAGAACAUAUUUUGAAGUAAACUGGACACCUGUAACCAUCGACUUCUUCAGUAUUUGGUAUUCAAAAAAUGAAAGUCAUUGGUUACAGAUUUUCUGCUUUUUAUUUCAAAAUAUAUUUUUGUUCAACAAAGAAAAGCUCAUAGAGGUUUGGAACCCCUUGGGGUGAGUAAAUGUUCAUUUUUGGGUGAACUAUCUCUUUAAAAUAACAGCCACUGUUCAGCACUUGUUUUUUUAUUUAAUACUAUUGGUGCUGUUGUUUUAUUCAGUAUACCCUUUGUGCUUUUAUGUUUUGAGUCAAGUGAAUAUGUAACUAUUAACAGUGAAUUAUGCAGCAUUAACAUUCAGUUUUCAUGUUCAUCAUUAUCAGUGUUGUGUAGGGCCAGUUUUGUUUCCUAAGCGUCCCUGUUCCUGUAACCGCUUCAUGUGGCUGUGAUUAAAAAUACUUGGGUUUGUUGGAA